AGUUGCUGGCUCUUCAAUAUCAGGCAAAAUGUUCUCCGCAUCACAAAUAAAGCUUAUCUCAAUCUUGAGUCUGAUAACCUUCAUAAACGCAGACUUGAGAUCGACUGAUAGCAGCUUGCUUGAAGAUGCACAUUUGGACACCUUCUCCAUCGUAAGAAAGUAUGGUUAUCACUGCGAGAUCCACCGCGUCUACACGGAAGACGAAUACGUUCUGGAGAUGCACCGGAUCCCGUAUGACAAGGACUGCGCCAACCCUGGUGACCCUCGGCCGGUGGUGUUCCUGAUGCACGGACUGCUAUCUUCUUCAGCAGAGUGGAUUAUCAUGGGUCCCGGGAAAGGUUUAGCAUACAUUCUGUCCGAAGCCGGCUACGACGUAUGGAUGGGCAACGUCAGAGGAAACACGUACUCCCGAAGCCACAUGACCCUGAAUCCCUCUUCGUCCUCCUUCUGGAAGUAUAGCUGGCACGAGAUCGGUUACUACGAUCUGCCAGCUAUGAUCGAUUACGUCAUAGAAGAGACUGGAGUUCCUAAAAUCCAUUACGUUGGAUUCUCUCAAGGAACGACCACUUUUUGGGUGAUGGCGUCAACGCGACCAGAGUAUAACGAUAAGAUUCUCACCAUGCAAGCGCUGGCGCCGGUGGCUUACCUAAACAACGCCAAGAGCCCACUCGUAAAGGCCAUCGCACCGUUCACCAACUCGUUAGAACGUCUCUUCAAAAUUUUGGGAACCAAUGAAAUUUUACCAAAUGGAAAAGUCAACGAACUGGCAGGACAGUCCAUUUGCUUGGAAGAAGCAAUUACUCAAGUUCUUUGCACCAACCUUUUGUUCCUUAUUUGCGGAUAUAAUGAAGAACAAUUGAAUUCUACAAUGGUCCCACUGAUCGUCGGGCACACGCCUGCCGGCGCGUCAACCAGACAGAUUGUCCACUUCGGCCAACUCUACAACUCCAAGAAGUUCGUCCAGUUUGACCACGGCCUAAUAACCAACAAAAUCAAAUACGGUACUUUCAAACCACCCGCGUACAACUUAGACGCCAUUCGAGCACCCGUAUUCCUACACUACUCCGACAACGACUGGCUGGCAGCACCAGAGGAUGUCGACAGACUGUCAAAAGAAAUAAAAACUGUCAUCGGGAAAUACAGGGUACCACUGGCCAAAUUCAACCACAUCGAUUUUGUAUUCGCGAUCGACGCAAAGAAGCUGAUAUACGACCGUUUGAUGAACAUCAUGGAAAAGUUCAAUUAAUAAAAGAUCUUUAUGUUUAAUUAUAAAUAUGUAAUCAACACUUUAUGACAAUA